GACUUCUCCUUUCGAGCGAGCGAGGGCUCAGUCUGCUUAUGAUUUCAGCUGAUUUGCGAAGUCGGUGACUCGCAUUUUGCUGCAUCAUCGCCAUCACCACGCACACAAGAGGGCAUCAUCCAUGGCGUCGCUCUCCACCCUCUUCUCGGGCCUCUCGGUCUCAUCUUCCUCUGUCUUCUUUGCUGGAGAGUCUCGCGUUGCCACCACCGCGGAGACCUCCGUGUCAUACCACAGCGCAGCUGGACUCGUCAUCGAGGCCGCGCACAAGAAAGGGUCGGGCAGUACCAAGAAUGGGCGUGACUCCAAGCCCAAGAUGCUCGGUGUGAAGAUUUACGGUGACCAGCUCGCGCAACCGGGUGCUAUCAUCGUCCGCCAGCGUGGGACCAAGUUCCACCCCGGCAAGAAUGUCGGAAUUGGAAGGGAUUACACCAUCUAUUCGUUGAUAGAUGGGCUUGUGAAAUUCGAGAAGUUCGGACCUGACAGGAAGAAGAUCAGCGUUUACCCUGCAGAAGAGAAGGUGGAGAACCCCAACAGCAGGCGCGUGAGAAUGCGAGAGUUUUUCAGGGAGCGCCGCGAGCGUCGUAGGGCUUACCAGGAACGUAUGGAGGAGGCAUUCGAACCUAGCCUGGCUUCAGCUAUGGCUUCGGCUGAGAACGUCGACGAGUCCGAUGAGAAAACUAUUUGUUAGGUGGGUGGGCUUCCUUUACUAAGAGCAGUGCUACGGCCCCAUGGCCUGACUUUUCAUUACUUGCCGGACGAUAGUAUAGUUGUUUUAGAUCUCUUCACAGUUUUGGAUUCUAGAGUUUGACUUCUCUGUGGUCAGCACCCUCGAUCAAUAUCCCCGAACACGAAGGUCGUCAUUAGGUUUAGAACGUCUUCAGUCGGGGAAAUCCGUUGUACGAAAAUUAUAUAGUUUCGUUGACAGCAAGCCUCGCAUUCUCAGCUGCCAGUGUUGUCUCGUACAAAGCAUACAAGCGUCUUUUAGGCAUUGGCAACUGAAGUCGUCGAUGUGCAGCGAAGCAAAUUAUGAAUCUCGCACAUUUGAUGAAA